AAAAAAAAAAAAAAUCAAGAAAAUGGCAAUCCACAACACUCUCUCUCUCCUCAUUCUCUCCUUCUCUCUCCUCAUCGCCUCCCAUUCCGCACAACCCGAGCUCUCUCCCGCCGCUUCCCCCACCGCACAAUCGCCGCGUGCCUCGUCCGCGGGCCCGACGGACGACGGUACCGCGCCAUCUCCUUCGCCGAGCUACGGCUCUUUCCCUCCAUCGACAAUCUCCGACCCCCCAUCAACAUCCAUCUCCCCCAGCGCCGCUGACCCCCCGGCCGUCGCCGCGACAUUGAUCACCUCCACAUCAUUCGACAACGACGACGAGGCCCCCGCCAAACCCGAAUCACCCGACGGGGAAUACGAGGCUCUAGCCAAACCUGAAUCCCCCGACGAGUCAUCGGACUCAGAUGACUCAGAAGACGACGAUGACGACGAGGCUCCAGCCAAACCCGAAUCACCCGACGAGUCAUCGAACGACGACAACGACGGUGGGGCACCUGCCAAACUCAACUCAUUCUCCACGUCAUCGAACGACGACGAUGGUCCGGGCGCCGCGAAACUCGACUCAUUCUCCACGUCAUCGAACGACGACGAUGGUCCGGGCGCUGCGAAACUCGACUCAUUCUCCACGUCGUCGAACGACGGUGCGGGCCCCGCGAAACUCGAUUCCCUCGCCGCACCAUCAUUCGACCUCAGCUCAAUCCUCGACACGUCAGCACCGACCGACGACGUAGAUCCGAAAGUCAAGAAAAUCUGCGACUCCACCGACCACUCAUCCCUAUGCCUAACAACCAUUGCUCCGCUCCUCAAGGGCAAAGACGAUGUCCCCUCGGUUCUAGAAGUUUCCAUAGGGGUGGGGUCAAAAUUGUCCGACUACGCCCUCUCGCUCGCGAAGACCAUGUCCGAAAAGCCCGGAAUGCCGCCCCAGGUUCUCUCCGUAAUCAAGGACUGCAAGGAUAGCUACGACACCGCCGCGUACAAUUACCAAAACGCCGUCGACGCUUUGCACGAAAAGGAUAUAGGUACGAUGAACAGCAUGCUGAGUGCUGUGAUAACCAACGUCGGAGAUUGCGAGGACGGGUUCUCGAGCAUCGGGGAGACGUCCGUUUUCUCGGGCUUGGCCGAAAACUUGACUAAUGUGACUAGCAAUUGUCUUGCUAUUAUAUCCCUCUUGGGUUGAUCUUAAUUUCUCAUGUGAAAACACCCCCCUUAAACCCAUUUGUUUUUUAUAUUCAGAAUGAUAAUAUUUUGUUUUUGAUGUUAUAUAUAAUAUGUAAAUUUCAGUUAUUUACAGCAUACCUAUCUAUAUAGAUGCUAAUGCUAUGAUUUAUUACAUGAAUAUUUCAGAACAUAU